AUGCUGCAUGACCGGGUCCAGCCAGGACUACUUCAGAGCAUCGGCUCCCCGGGUGCCAACAGGCUGUACCCGGGUUCUACGACGUGUGAGACAGCUUCACCCGCCCUCCAACCAGCUCCCGACGGCCCCGUCGCCGCCCAGAGCCCCGCGGAUGUUGCUGCUCGACCCGGCAGGGCAGCAGAAAUGCUGCCCGACUUGGUUGAGAAUGGGUCAGCGCUUUUAGCCGCAACGGCCCGCGCCUUGGGUGCCUCCCAUGGCCCCAGCGACCCCGAAGACAGCGACAGCAACGACGGGAUGGCGUCUGACGACACCGACGCCUCUUCGUUGGACAACGACGCUGCUACCGCCCGCCCAAGUGAUGACGACCGGCUCGGCCAGGUAGCUACGGAGCUGCCUGCCCGAGAUGGAUACACUGCAGUGGCCACGGCCGCUCCCGUGGGCACACGCGCUACCACCAGCGAGGCCGUGUCCACUGCAGCAAUUGUUUCUGGUGUUGUUUCUGUCCCACUUACCGGCGACGACCGGCUCGGCUGGCAGGCAUCCCCGCUGCCUGACCGAGCCGGGUGUGACGCUCCGAUGCCUUACGGCGAUGAGUAG